UUUCGGGGAGGAAGUUGAACUCCAGAUGUGAAGUUUUACACACUGAGCCUUAGUGAGCCUAUCGGCUUUCACAUGGCUUCUCUUUACUAUUGGGUGCCUAGCUAAAGGUUCUCUCGUAAUGUAAAAACCAAGUGGGCAACACAGGCUGCUCACUACUCCACAACUCCUGCUGCGCUUUCUGUAUUCUUCCUUUACCUCAACUUCAACUCUAUUCCCCGCGGAUACGUUUGCACAGAAAUUUUAUUUCUUUGAAAUAUCUGAUAGUUGCUCUUCACUGAAGAAGUUUGUGGACAUUGCUGCAGGACUCGUGUCCACCUCCUGACCAAAAAAAAUAAAAUAAAAUCGUACACUACCGUUCCAGGUGGCCCUGCAAAUAUUGGACAUCUUGCGUAAACCAGGACUUUCAAUUUUACAUUUCUUUCAAUUUUACAUCAACUCUGUCAUGCAGUUGAUGUGAACAUCGUUAAGGCAAAGGUGCUUUCUGCUUCAAUCCACAAUGAAGGACGACUUUACCGAUGAAGAGGAAGUGCAGUCCUUUGGCUACAAACGCUUUGGUAUCCAGGAGGGAAAUGAAUGUACUAAAUGUAAAAACGACUGGGCCCUGAGGGCAGCCAUUGCUCUCCUGUAUGUCCUGUGUGCACUGCUCACUAUAGCUGUGGCUGUAUUAGGAUACAAAGUGGUCCAAAGGAUGGAUGAUGUGACUGAGGGGAUGGAGACAUAUGAAGGCAAAAUAUCUGCUGUAGAGACAGACUUGAAAAAGCUUGAUCAUCAAACAGGAGAGAAGUCAGAGAAUGCCACAGGUGAAAUCUUAUCAUUCAAGGCAGAAAUUCAGACAUUGCAGAGUCAACUUAAUGAUGUUGCCCUUAGAGCAUCUAACAACAGGGCAGCUUUAGAUGAGCUACGGGUUGUAGGUGAGGAUAUGCAAAGUGGCCAUGUAUCACUGAGAGACCUUCUAGAGAGCAAUACCAACACCAUCCUCACUGUCAAUCGUACACUAACCACAUACAACAGCCUGAUUGAUAGACUGAAGUCAGAAACGGAACAGCUCCAAUCAGAUCUUCACGUACAGACAGGGGAGCAGAGUCGCUCCACUCACAGCCUUAAUGUUCUCAACUUCACCCAGAACCAGCAAAGAACUCUGAUCAGCUCCCUCCAGAGUUCAGUGGAGGAUACCAGCCAGGCGGUUCAGAAGCUCAAGAAUGACUACCAGAGUCUUCAGCAGGUGGCCAGGCAGACAAAGGCAGAUUCUGAUUGGCUCAGAGAAAAAGUGCAGAACCUCCAGCUGCUGACUACUAACAACUCAGCACUGGUCCGUUCCAACAGUGAUGCACUUGAAGAAAUAGCAUCACAGCUCAGUUCACUGUCUGAGCAGUAUCAAAAUGCUUCAGCUAUUACGGAAAAUCAUGACCAGAAUCUGCGUGAGCUCAUGGAUCAUCAGCGUGAUCAUGACAAUGCCACCACCAACAGGUUUGAUGCUUUGGAGACACGCUUGGAUCGCAACGAGGAGAACAUGGACCGCGUCACGGGGAACAUGACCGUUGCUACACAGCUACUUGGGUCCAUCAACACUGACUUGAAUGGUCUUCGCACCUGUGCCGAGACAGUGAUGAGGCACUCAGACCUGCUGCUGGCCCUCAACAGCAGCAUUGUGGAAGCCAGGGCAGAUGGCAGUGAACUCAAAACUCAGCAAGAAGAGCUUGCUGCCAGGCUCGACAAAGAAGUGAGCAGCCUCUCCAUAGUCAUGGAAGAAAUGAAACUGGUGGACAGCAAGCACUCCCAGCUCAUAACCAACUUCACCAUCCUUCAAGGUCCUCCUGGUCCUAGAGGCCCUCGGGGGGAUAGAGGACCCCAAGGGCCUGCAGGAAAACAAGGUGAGAAAGGUGACAGUGGAGAAAAGGGUGCUCCAGGUGUGCCAGGGCCUAAAGGAGACAAAGGCAUACCUGGAAUUCCAGGGGUCCCUGGCUUCAAAGGGCCACCUGGACCAAGGGGAAACCCUGGGUCAAAGGGGCCAAGAGGAUCAGGGGGUCGUGCUGGGCCGCCAGGUGAGAGGGGUGAUCCUGGUUUACCUGGGCUUGCUGGCAGAGAUGGUCAACCAGGUCCUCAGGGACCUCAGGGGCCCCCAGGUCCACAAGGGCCAGCAGGACCUGCAGGACCACCAGGAGCUCGUGGCCCUGUUGGCCCUAUUGGUCUACAGGGACCACCUGGCCCAAAUGGACCUCCUCCUCAAGGGGCUAAGCCUUGGCGACCAAUAGGACCACAAGGCCCAAUGUCCCAUCAAGCUUAUGAACCUUCUCCGACCAGUACACCAGGAUGUCCACCUCAUUGGAUGGCCUACAAAGACAAGUGCUACUACAUUUCAGCUCCAUCUGAGAAAUUGAAUUUCAAUGAAACGAAAGAAGAAUGCAAAAAUAAGACUUCUACUAUGCUCACCAUCAAUAAUGACGAGGAACAGGGUUGGAUUCGGAAGCAAGUUGCAGGAAAGGGUUACUUUUGGCUGGGACUUACAGACACUGCAGAGGAAAACAUUUGGAGAUGGGAUGAUGGGACCAUCCCCUCCUUUACGAAUUGGAAACCAGGCCAACCAGAUAACUGGAGCCAUGGCCACGAAGAAGGGGAAGAUUGUGCAGGACUCAUCCACGAUGCCAAGAGAAAAGAAGAGGGCCGAGAUCAGACCUGCCUUGCUGUUGUUCCUGUUUAUAUUCCGGCGAUGCCUCUUUUCACGUCCAAUCCUUUUGAUCAAGAUGUUGAGAAAGCAACCAGUGAGAUGAACACUGCUGAGGACUGGGGCCUCAUACUGGACAUAUGCGAUAAGAUAGGACAGUCACGCACCGGACCUAAAGAAUGCCUUCGAUCCAUUAUGAGGCGAGUCAACCACAAGGAUCCUCAUGUAGCCAUGCAGGCUCUGACAUUGUUAGGGGCUUGUGUGUCAAACUGUGGGAAAAUCUUCCAUUUGGAGGUGUGCUCGCGAGAGUUUGCUAGUGAGGUUAGCAACGUCUUAAACAAGGGCCACCCAAAAGUAUGUGAGAAGCUCAAGGCCCUCAUGGUGGAAUGGGCUGAGGACUUCCGAAAUGACCCCCAGCUCAGUCUAAUAUCGGCUAUGAUCAAGAACCUGAGAGAGCAGGGUGUCACCUUUCCUGCUGUCGGCUCCCAGGCAGCAGAGCAAGCUAAAGCCAGUCCUGCUUUAGUGGCCAAAGAUCCAGCAACAUCCACCACCAAGAAAGAGGAAGAGGACCUGGCCAAAGCCAUCGAGUUGUCCUUGAAAGAGCAGCGGCAGCAGAACCAGACGUCUGGGCUUUACCCGAGCACCAGCAGCCUCCUCACCUCCCACAAAGCCGAGGGAAGGAAAGUCCGGGCUAUUUACGAUUUCGAGGCAGCAGAGGACAAUGAGCUGACCUUCAAAUCUGGAGAGAUCAUUACCAUCUUAGAUGACAGUGACCCCAACUGGUGGAAAGGCGAGACAUAUCAAGGCGUCGGCCUUUUUCCAUCCAACUUUGUCACAGCAGACCUUACAGCAGAGCCAGAGAUGAUGAAAACGGAGAAAAAGACCGUUCAGUUCAGCGAGGACGUUCAGGUAGAGACCAUCGAACCGGAGCCUGAGCCUGUCUACAUAGACGAGGAGAAAAUGGACCAGUUGCUCCAAAUGAUCCAGAGUGCAGAUCCGACAGAUAACGAGUUAGACGCCUGCGAGCUGCUGCAGCUGGAAGCUGCCUGCAACCAAAUGGGUCCACUCAUUGAUCAAAAACUGGAAGAAAUUGACAGGAAACACUCAGAGCUGUCUGACCUUAAUGUGAAGGUGAUGGAGGCUCUCUCAUUGUAUGCCAAGCUGAUGAAUGACGACCCCGUGUAUGCCAUGUAUGCCAAACUGCAGAGCCAGCAGUACUACUUGCAGCAGCCUGGCACCUCACAGCAGGUGUAUCAGGGGCAGACAGCUCCAGGACAGUAUGCAGUGGCUGCGACAGGGGUGCAGGGUUACAGUGUUCCAGUGGAGCAGAUUCCUGCCAUGAACCAGGUGCCUGCUCCUUUACCAGGACAACAAGCACCCAGUGACGUGCACAUGUACAUAGGCCAGGCGCCUGUGUACAGCACUUCUGCAGGCAGCAUGGCUCCUACUGAAGUGCAGCAGGCAUACCAGAACGCCGCCGGUGGACAGGCAGGCCUGAACCAAACUCCCAGUUACAGCUGCAACAAUCCCACAGACCCUCAACAGAGGCCUUACCCUGAAAAAGCCCUCUUAUAGGACCCACAUACAUGUUUCUCUUCUCCAAUAUACAUACACACCCUUGUCAUGAACAAAGAGGUUCGAGCUAACACUAAAACAACAUGGCUACAGGGCACGGUACAGACUUAUCCACGCUCUUAGAUCGGUCAUUGCACAUGUCCAUAUACACUACUCUGUCUCAUUAAUGCACUCACAUCCACAGAAACACUCAGUCUGACCAAGUAAAAAGACACCCAUUAUUGAUUUACUUCUGACUGCUUACAUUAUGCAGUUUGAACAAAGACAGAAGUCAGUCCCUCCCUCCCAUCCCGAGUGUCCAUACAUAGGGGAAAAUAAUAUGAUUUGACAACAGCGUGAUGUGUGAUGUGCUUGCCUGGUUUCCUGUUCAAGUCCGUAGCUAACUUGCAUCAUCCCGCCAUAAUUUGUUUGUCAAGGGAAUUAGAAAAAUUAAAGUGAGAUAUUUUGGGAAGGGACAAAAAAGUGUAAUUUCCCCUGUAGAUACUUUGGGGAGCGUCUGUAUAGAUCUCUCUGUCAUGAAAUAUAACACUUUCACUACCAGUCUCACACUCUCAUGUCUCUCAAGCUUCAGAUUUCACUCCCUAUCCGUCAUUCUCUCUCUCUCUCUCUCUCUCUCUCUCUCUCUCUCUCUCUCUCUCUCUCUCUCUCUCUCUAUAUUAAUAUUAUAUAUAUAUAUAUAUCUAUCUAUCUAUCUAUCUAUCUAUCUAUAUAUCUAUAUAUAAUAAAAUCUUUCUAUCCUGAAUGCUAUUUCUCUCAUUCUUAUAUAUCUCUAUCAUAUCUCCGUCUUUCUUUUUUUUAUUUCUCUACCUCGCUAUCUCCAUCCCACCAUAUUUGUCUCAAUGUCUCUGUAAGUUCACAUUCGCUCCACAUCUGUCCUCCUCCGUCUGUUAUCAUUUUACUAUCUAUCUCUCUCACAUUCUGACACUCUUAAGUUAUUUGACAAGUCGGUGCCACCUUAAUGCCUACUAGAGACUAAAUACUAGUUCUGGGAAACCUGAGCAUGCACAUGUACAUAAUUUUCCCUUCUAUGAGUCACAGGUGUUUGUUGCUACAGGUUUUUGUUGCUAUUUGUUUAACAGGAGAGGUUUUCAUUUCCCUAUGUGUGUGUGGAGGUCAGUCGGCACACACGCGUCUUUCAUUUUUAGAAAGUAUUGCAUCCAGUCCACCUCUUCCACGGGGCCAUGUAGCACAGCACCAGCAUGGUCCUUAACAGAGUGGUGUAGUUCAUCCAGAAGUCCCUGCAGUUCUCAACAGGAUGGCGCAGUCCAUCUUGUCCUAUGAUCUUGAAGCAUUUCUUUUGAAGCAAUUAACAGUGUUCAAUCGAUUCUUAAUUGUAGUACGUCUUUAUUUAUUUUGACCGUCGUUUUUAAAAUGCACUGUACUUUGAUAUGAGAAGGAUGAUAUUCUGCUUUAAAAAUGUAGAUGUGUAUAUAUGAGAACCUGUGUUACAGCAGCUGCUCCUUCUGUCGAAAGAGCACAGUGAAAGGCAUGUAGUAAUAUUACUCGACGAUGUUAUGCACUUUUAUGAUUUAAACUCACAGUCUCGAGUUUCAGCUCGCUUUUAAGUUGUAAAACAUUUUUAACCGCAGAAGGAAUAAAGCGGCUAACUGGAAAAUCGAAACCUUUACGCACUGGGAAUUUCAACACUAAAAUUGUGUACAUUUUCACGUUUGAUUCCAACACGGCGAGGAACCGUUGUGUAUGAUGUAUCUACACCACGAGUGUGGUCCACCCUUCGGUCACUACAUUUUGAAUCAUUUUGGGAUAUGCCGGAGGCUAAAAGUGACUUGAUUAGGAUGUGUAAUUUGGAACAGGGGUCAUAUCGUUUAUACCCUGGUAUCAUCCGCGUAGGGGGGUAUCUAAAUAUUAAAGAGACGCUACAAAGAUCUUGACCUGGGGACAAUGAGCCAGUUCCAACGUGGUCUCCUGCCUUUAACACACAGCUGUGAUCCCGAUAUAAACUUUAUUCACAGGGAGAAUGACCGUUUUCAUGUUUUAAAGAUUCUUGGUGUAUCAGUUCUGUUAAGUAUACGUAGUUGUUUAUGAUACUAUUUUAAUCAUCUGAAUGAUUAGUAUUCACAAUAAAAUUAGCCCAAAUGUA